CCCUGCUAUAGUUGAUUUCUGCUCUCCGUGAGGGGGAGGACACGGUUGGGGUGCGCGGAUUGAGAGGUUUGGAUUGGAUGGCCGGAAGAAGCCAAGUUGGUAAUCUUGGGGUUUAGUUUCGCUUUGAUGUAGUUCCUUGCGUGGUAGGGUUAGCGGUUCCAAUGGAAGCUGCGUUUCUUGAAUUUCCUCCCUACUAGCUGAGCUUGCUUGUUCUGGGUGCAUUGUAGUAUGGGUUUCAGAUUCAAGCCUUGUUUUCUUGUAGGAUUUAUCGAAUCAGGUUUGUGGUAUAUUGUAGAUUGAAUUUGAAGUUGGACCAUGCAUGAGUUCGACCACCUAAAUUAUAAUUUUGGGGCGGACUUGCUUCUAAAUUAAAUUUGGCGGUCCUUCCUGCUUUGCCCUCUUUGCGCUGCCCCUUCCCCACAUCCGUAUUGUUGUUUGCUACCACUAGCCUGUCACUUGCUUCAUGCGCCUCGGUGUAUGCUGAAUUGGCAGCCGUCGUGUAGCAUCGGUGAGGUGAAAUUUUUUGGGUUGCGUCCUCAAGUGGGUGUUGGCCUCUACCUGCCUUUGCCCAUGCUGAUUUCUUUUCUCUGGUAUAUGGUCCUCGUUUAGUCAUGUGGUCCUACACUCCUACAUGAUUUUGUGUACCUUGCUGAUUCGAUUUGAGUAAUCAGUUGCCUGCUAUGUCCGUGCUUAUCGCCAGAAGAAAAGAAACCAUAAAGAUGUGAUCUUGAUGCUUUUGGGGUGUAGCUUGGGUGUCCCAAUGCCCCUUUUAUUUCUCUAUAACCAAUCAUGUUAUCUCCGAUUCUUUAGUUGGGCUUUCGAGCACAAACUUCCACUAAAUAUCCCAUCGCUUUCUUGAAGCAACUUAAGCUCUGGCCUCUAGGCAUGUCUGCAAAUUGAGUGGAAACAAGGUCUAAUGGAUUUAAGGAACAUCAUAUACAAACAAACCAUGGAUCUGUAUCUGUUGCCAUAUAUGGUGACCAUGAUAAGCCUGCUCUUAUUACCUAUCCAGAUCUUGCCCUGAACCAUAUGUCUUGUUUCCAAGGACUGCUCUUCUGUCCUGAAGCAGCUUCAUUGCUGCUUCAUAAUUUUUGCAUUUACCAUAUCAGCCCCCCAGGACAUGAGUUAGGAGCUGCUUCGAUUUUGCCGAGCACACCGGUGGCAUCUGUUGAUGACUUAGCGGAUCAAGUCGCAGAUGUACUUGAUUUCUUUGGAUUGGAUUCUGUUAUGUGUUUAGGUGUCACUGCGGGCGCAUACAUUCUUACUCUAUUUGCAACCAAGUACAGAGAGCGAGUACUAGGACUUAUCCUUGUUUCACCUCUAUGUAAAACUCCCUCAUGGUCAGAGUGGUUUUAUAAUAAGGUUAUGUCAAAUUUGUUAUAUUAUUAUGGCAUGUGCAAUGUGGUGAAGGAUAUUUUGUUGCAGCGCUACUUCGGCAAGGGAGUACGUGGAUGCUCUAAUGAACCUGAAUCAGAUAUUGUGCAAGCUUGUAGAAGUUUUCUAGAUCAACGGCAAGGCAUGAACGUGUGGCGGUUUAUUCAGACUAUCAAUGAGAGAAAAGACUUGACAGAAAACCUGAAGCAGCUGCAGUGCAGAACUCUUAUUUUUGUUGGUGAGAAUUCCCAGUUCCAUGCUGAGGCUGUUCACAUGACUGCAAAGCUUGAUAGCCGAUAUAGUGCUCUUGUGGAGGUACAAGCUUGCGGGUCAGUUGUGACCGAGGAACAGCCACAUGCAAUGCUUAUACCAAUGGAAUACUUCCUCAUGGGAUACGGCUUGUACAGGCCAAGCCAGAUAAACUGUAGCCCUCGCAGCCCUCUGAACCUGUUCUGCGUAUCGCCGGAGCUCCUCUCCCCCGAGAGCAUGGGAAUGAAGCUAAAGCCAAUCAAGACUCGAGCCAACCUCAAAUCGUAGGAACAUGAGAAGAUGUAGGAACUGAUGUGUAUUUCUUUUUUUUUUUGUGGUGGAAUGACAUAGCUGUUGUUAUCAUGAUGUACAUAGCCAAGAGUUAGGUCGUUGAGGGUUGGGUGGGGGGUUCAAUUCCAUUGAUUGGUAGCCUUAAACAGCUGUAAAUUUUCACAGAUUAUUCGUUGAAGAAAGAGAAUAAUAAGGGGAGAUGAA